AAACAGCCCGGAUUCCAGUCUCUGCCGAGCGUCACCGAUGACAGGAUGGUCAAGGAUCUGUCGGACCUACAAGGUCACAGCCUCCAACAAGAACUCGGUCAAAACAGUACGUCUUCUAGAAAGGUGCUUUCUUUGGAGUCUGACGUACUACCUGAAUACAAACUCCAGGUGCCAGAGACAACAUGGUGGAUCUUGCUUCACUACAGCUCCUUCAAGGCCUUCUGGGACUGGAUUAUUCUGCUGCUGGUCCUCUACACGGCGGUUUUCACCCCGUACUCGGCGGCCUUCCUGCUGGACGAGCACAGGGACUUGCACCAACGAAGCUGCGGCUACACGUGCAACCCCCUGAACGUGGUGGACCUCCUGGUGGACGUCCUGUUCAUCGUGGACAUAGUCAUCAAUCUUCGAACGACGUACGUGGACCACAACGACGAGGUGGUGACGCAGCCGAGCCGCAUAGCCAAGCACUACAUCAAGGGCUGGUUCCCCAUCGAUCUGUUCGCCGCCAUCCCUUUUGACCUUCUCAUUUUCAGAUCAGGCUCAGAUGAGAUGGCAACCCUAACGAGCUUGCUGAAAACAGCUCGGCUGCUGCGUUUGGUUCGCGUGGCACGGAAGCUGGAUCGCUACUCAGAGUACGGCGCCGCCGUCCUGUUCUUGCUCAUGUGCACCUUCGUGCUCAUCGCCCACUGGCUGGCCUGCAUCUGGUACGCCAUCGGCUAUGUGGAGAGGCCGUACACGGAGACAGGCUGGCUGGACAACUUGGCCGAGCAACUGGGGAAGACGUACAACGACAGCGACUCCACGUCCGGUCCGUCCGUCAAAGACAAGUACGUCACUGCUCUGUACUUCACCUUGAGCAGUCUGACCAGUGUGGGCUUCGGGAAUGUGUCUCCCAACACCAACUCUGAGAAGAUCUUCUCCAUCUGCGUCAUGGUCAUUGGCUCUCUCAUGUACGCCAGCAUAUUUGGGAAUGUUUCUGCCAUCAUUCAGAGACUCUAUACAGGUACAACCCGGUACCACACGCAGAUGCUGCGGGUCAAAGAGUUCAUUCGCUUUCACCAAAUCCCAGGAGGCCUUCGCCAAAGGCUGGAGGAGUACUUCCAGCACGCCUGGUCCUACACCAACGGCAUUGACAUGAACGCUGUGUUAAAGGGGUUUCCAGAGUCUUUGCAGGCAGACAUCUGUUUACACCUGAACCGGUCUCUGCUGCAGAACUGUAAGGCCUUCCGUGGAGGCAGUCAAGCCUGUCUACGGGCCUUGGCUUUGAGGUUCAAGGCGAUCCAUGCCCCCCCAGGAGAUACUCUGAUCCACUAUGGAGACAUCCUAGACUCACUCUUCUUUAUCUCUCGUGGGUCGAUUCAUGUCAUCAGGGACGAUGUGGUCGUAGCAAUACUAGGAAAGAACGAUAUCUUUGGCGAGCAUGUUCACUUGUACGAUGAGCCAGGGAAGUCCAGUUCAGACGUGCACACUAUUACGUACUGUGACCUGCAUCGCAUCCUGAGGGACGACCUCCUGGAGGUCCUGGAUAUCUAUCCCAACUUUGCAGACAACUUCUGGAGAAACUUGGAGAUAACCUUCGACCUUAGGGAUGUACGUUUUCAAAUGGCUGAUCAAGCACCACCAAUAGCAACUGAUGAUUCUGGUGAUGACUGUGAAUAUCAGCACAAGCUCAGGCACAGAAUCCAUUCCUUGGACUGCAGAAUUAGGCCUGAUGGAAUCGAUCACGAAGACUCGUACCCCCUUCAGUCGUUCCGUCAUCGCCACUCCACUCACGAGGUCCACUGGGAUGACCGGUGUAGCUGCGGAUCCUCGUGCUCCGAGGCCAGUGAUGACCUGGCUAAGCCGCAUGGUGCCAAGGUAGAACUUUAUCCCCCAGAUGAUGACAGACGGGACUACUCCCCCUCCGCUGUGCAGCUAUUACCCCCGAGUAGUGCUUCAGUGGGGAGGGAAUCUGUGCUGGACAGAGGCCCCCAAGCUUCGUCUUUGAAUGUACGGGGCGUGUAUCAGUACUGGUCAGACAGACCAUCCCAAUUUUCCACUCGAGCAUGGAGGUCGUCCUCAGUCCGCAACUCAUACCACCCGCCAACGUUCACAGAAGAUCGGCCCAGUGAGCUCGAGUCUCGACUGGAGGUGUUACAUUCACAGCUCAACAGGCUGGAGACUCGCAUGACGGCCGACAUCAACGUUAUCCUCCAGCUUCUCCAGAGGCAAAUGGCUCCUGUGCCUCCAGCGUACAGCACCGUAUCACCCAGCACCCUCCCUACGGACACAACUCACCUAUAUGGGACGGGGACCCCAGUGCUGCAUAGCAUGUAUUCCAUGUCACCAAUAGAGAUGGACAGCAGAACACCCACACAGAGCUCCACCCAAACCGACCUUAAAUUCCCUAAGAAGUCCCAGGAGUCCUUGUCCAGUGGGAUCCAUGUGACUGAUGAUGACACCAUGUUUAUGGCCGUCACCCCUCAAACUGAAGCCCAUACAGGCCCGACACCGCAGCCACCCCAGGCAGCAGUCAAUUCCUCCCUCACGGAGAACCCCAGGUUGUGUGGGAGCCUUCGCUAUCCCUCAUUGCCGAGCAACCUGGACGCCACCUCGGGACAUUCACAAAUCCAGAAGCACCUCUCGGACCCUGUGCUGCCUGUCAGCUGAAACGCGUCCUGUCAGCCAGUUGUAACUCACUGCACUGCCACUGCUAAAAGCCACCGCCCAGGAUUAGGUCACCUGUACUUCCGAUUAACUGUACUAUAGUAAAAUGUAAAUACUGCACAUACUGUAUGCACUGCAAACAGCAUGAUUCUAUCACUAUUCUAGCAAGUCUGAAUUCCAGGCCCAUUCUAACCCUGAGUAAUUAUGUCCUCUGCUGACUAUUUUAGGGUUACUACUGACAGCCAGUACCAAAGUAAUUCCUUUUGCUUCUGUCACGAGUUAGAUGAGAAGACUGAUAGUCCUCCUAGUGUUUCCUGCUGCUCCUUUAGGGAAAAAAAACCUUUUUCACAAACACUGAAUUAUGAGCAAAACUGUGAAACAGUUAUCAUUUAUAAAAUACUCAAAACUAACA